CCAAAUGCUGCCCUUGGACACCAGCGCAAUGAUUCUAUCUUUCAAUGACUUUUCAAAGAAUAUUACCAUCCCAUUCCCCAUUCUCGCAGCGGGGAUAGGGAUCUCCAUCAUCCCCGGUUUGAAUAAGACCAACAAAUUCGUCGUUUUCAUUCCUGGAUUUACAACCGACAUUACAUUGCACUCCAUGAAUCUCAUACGCCAGAGCUUUCAGAAUGACACAUACGUCAUGAUCUUACACGACCCAACGUAUACCAACCUUUUCAAUUCCAACAACAUAGUUGCCAACUACGAAAGAGCUGUGCUGUACGCGUGCAGCAUUGGAAAAGGCAUUGCCGAUGUUCUCGUGACCUUGGCUUCCAACGGGAUAUCUCAUAACAAGAUCCACAUCAUUGGUCACAGUUUAGGAGCUCACAUCGCGGGGUGCGCCGGAGAAAGUUUUGAGGAGAAAACUGGAAACAAAAUCGCUAAGAUCUCCGGGGUGGACCCCAUUCAUCCAUGCUUCAACGAAAUAUCCAACCAGUUGAGAUCAGGACAAGCGAAAUUCGUGGACACUUACCGUUGUAACGCUUACGGAUUUGGUGCAGACAAGAGUUUAGUGGAUGCGGUCUUUGUAGUCAACAACGGAAAAACUCAGCCCAACUGCUUGUCGUCUCCCAUCCCAGAUUUGGCAGUGUCCACUGCAGCCGGUCUCUGCAGCCACAUGGCCUGUGAGAACUUUUACUUCAUGACCGUUAGCCAGCCGAAUCUGUUCAAAGCCUACCAGUGUGACAGUUACGAUAAUUUCAAGCAGGGAAAAUGCGCUAAGAACAAACAAACUGUUGCUGGCUACUGGGCUCCUAGUAACGCUACUGGAAUUUACUACACGUCUACUGCUGGGCAUAUGAUAAACCAACUUUAAA